GUGUGCUUCAAUGAGCGGAGGUCAGUGUGUCCGUCGGCGCGUUCUCUUGUGCAUGCACACGUGUGCAGUGGGUUUGUGUGUACAAGCUACAAGACAAUCGGCUAACCAAACAGAUACACCUCCAGUAGGCACACAGAAGGCACAGUGGUGGUCACUACUGUGGGUCAACCGUUGGAGUGAUUGGAACCGAAGUUGAGCAACGGAUGCUACCGGAUAUCCACAUUAACACCAUUCGAAUCCAGCCGUCACAUGAGGUGGUAUUUGCGUAAAACUCAAGGAUCACUUAAUAUUCCCGAAUACUCAGAUUCGCAGGAGCCUAGGAGGUCAAUACUACGGUCCAGAACCCAGAAUAAAGAGCCGUGUGCCGAACAUGACAUAGGCGAAGCCUCAAUGGUUGACCUAAGGUCCACUGUGGCAGGACCCCGAAAUUCCGGUGUUGCAAAAGUGAACGCUAGGCUAGUAGCAAAUGCUUCGGUCCGUUCCAUGGAUGUCGGCAAUCGACGUAACGUCCUGUUCCUCGAUGAAGUACAACGAAGUCGAAAACCAUGUAAUUAUAAUCAUGUGUUUGAGGACACUUCUCCUGGGACGAGUUCCUUCACGCCACAACCAUCACUAGCCUCCUACCCGACCAGCUACCAAGCGUCACCUGUUCUCUCAAGACGAGACGAUGAAAGUGACGAGAUCGAGCUGGUUAGUCGUAGUCCGUUACCUCCAACCAAACCAGACGAAGACAGUGCAGUUUGGAUUGGCACUCCAAUCAAACAGGCCUUUAUGAAUUUGUCUUUAAGCAAAAGGAAACGAGCGAAGAGAGAACGUUCAUUGGAACGCCAGUCGAUUCCGAUGGAAAACGGAAAUAUUAACACUGCUCCCAUGCUUGACAGCGUGAACACCUAUCCGAACGUCGUUCAAUCGGUUCCAGAGAAACAACAGGCUCGAACCAAAGAAUCCAAUUUUUUACUCAGAAGCUCAGUAACCAUCAAUUCGAGAGAGAUAAAUUUCAAAACUAUUCAACCGCCUACCACAUCACCUCCUAUGGUCCGUCGACCAAUGUUUCCCCGUGUGAUUGAAGCUGUAGUGAGUUCAACAGUACAGUUGCUUAAGUGUGCCGAAUUGAAUGUGUAA